UAUUAAUGCAUAGCCGCAUUGUACAUAACGGAAGUCGUUGGCGCUACACAGCUCGGUGCAGAGAAAUAAUGCUUCUUCAGCCAUUUGACAAGUUCGCUCGGGGUUUGUUUAUGUUUUAGAAACAUAAAGCAGAGGAGGAAAUUAUCGCAGAGAUGGCGGACCCUGCGGUGGCGAGCGGCGGAAAUUUAAACGCCGGAAUGCGGUCAGGUGGUAGUAAGCCAACUACGAGUCCGGCGGAGAAUUAUUACCUGGCCCGGCGGCGCACCCUGCAGGUGGUGGUCAGCUCCCUGUUGACGGAAUGCGGCUUCGAAAGCGCUGAAAAAGCGGCUGUGGAAACUUUAACAGAAAUGAUGCAGAGUUAUAUAACCGAGGUUGGACGUUGCGCCAAAGCAAGCUGUGAGCAUACAGCCAGAAGCAGCCCUACUCUCUCAGACGUGGUUAUUACAUUGGUGGAAAUAGGUUUUAACGUAGACUCACUCCCCUUGUAUGCCAAAAGAUCACAGAGGAUGGUCAUAACGGCACCUCCAGUGACGAAUUCCCCAGUGAUUCCCAAGGCUCUUAUUGCUGGACAGAAGCGGACACACCCCGCUUACAUCCCUAGCCAUUUCCCAGAAUUCCCAGACCCUCAUACAUACAUCAAAACCCCGACAUUUCGCGAGCCUGUAUCAGAUUACCAGGUGCUGAGGGAGAAGGCGGCUUCCCAGAGACGAGAUGUCGAGAGGGCACUCACACGAUUCAUGGCGAAGACUGGCGAGACACAAAGCCUCUUUAAAGAUGACCUUACUGCUUUUCCACUGAUCGCAGCAAAGCCAAGCUCUAUCCCAUACCUGAGCGCCCUACUGCCCUCUGAGCUGGAGCUGCAGUCCCUGGAGGAGACGGACUCCUCUGAGCAGGACGACCAGACCGACUCGGAAAACAACACCAACGGCAUGAUUAGCGAAGACACAGGAGCAGAUAAGGAGAACGCCGUUCUGCCACCUGGUGGCGGUGUGCCUACUGUGAAGAAUAAUGAGGAAAACAUGAUUGAUAACCCCUACCUUCGACCAGUCAAGAAACCAAAAAAGGAAAUGCAUUCACUGGUGCAGUUAGGAACAGUCCACCGAUUUAAUAGGGGGACAGCGUUAAUGCACAACCAGCUGGCUUUGUAUAAUGCUGAGAGGCUCAACUGCAGUGUGUUUCUGAAAGCAUGGGCACUUGGGACCAGUCUGGUGAUCCAAACUUCAUCGGCCAUGAUACCCUCUGAUUUCAUGAGCCAUCAAGCACGUACGCACCUAGUCUUUGUUUUUUGUUUCAUUUUAUUUCAUGGGCACAUAAUUAAUGGCUUAUUUAUCAGCAUAAGUCACAUGAAGGAAAUUCACACAGUGCUUUGUAGUUGCAAAUCUAUGCAGCUAGACUUCUGUAUGUAACUGUGCUAUAAACUGUGUUAGAAAAAAGAAAAUAAUUAGAAUAUCGUGGAAAAGAUGACUUUUUUCCGUAAUUUAAUUUAAAAAAAUAUUCAUAUUCUAGAUUCAUUACACAUAAAGUGAAAUAUUGUAAGCCUUUUUUUGUUUUAAUCUCUGAUUACGGCUUACAGCUCACCGAAAUAAAAAAUCCAGUAUCUCAAAAUAUUAGAAUAAAGAAUUUGUACAUUUUAUUUAUUUGUAAAAUAAAUAAGUUGUGUAAAAAAACAGCAUACAAAUAAAUAAAAUUUACAAAUUCUUUAUUCUAAUAUUUUAAUAUUAUGUUUCUUAUCCCGUCUCUCUAUCUAUCUACAGUGAGGGAAAAAAGUAUUUGAUCCCCUGCUGAUUUUGUACGUUUGCCCACUGACAAAGAAAUGAUCAGUCUAUAACUUUAAUGGUAGAUUUAUUUGAAAAGUGAGAGACAGAAUAACAACAAGAAAAUCCAGAAAAACGCAUGUCAAAAAUGUUAUAAAUUGAUUUGCAUUUUAAUGAGGGAAAUAAGUAUUUGACCCCUCUGCAAAACAUGACUUAGUACUUGGUGGCAAAACCCUUGUUGGCAAUCACAGAGGUCAGACGUUUCUUGUAGUUGGCCACCAGGUUUGCACACAUCUCAGGAGGGAUUUUGUCCCACUCCUCUUUGCAGAUCUUCUCCAAGUCAUUAAGGUUUCGAGGCUGACGUUUGGCAACUCGAACCUUCAGCUCCCUCCACAGAUUUUCUAUGGGAUUAAGGUCUGGAGACUGGCUAGGCCACUCCAGGACCUUAAUGUGCUUCUUCUUGAGCCACUCCUUUGUUGCCUUGGCCGUGUGUUUUGGGUCAUUGUCAUGCUGGAAUACCCAUCCACGACCCAUUUUCAAUGCCCUGGCUGAGGGAAGGAGGUUCUAACCCAAGAUUUGACGGUACAUGGCCCCGUCCAUCGUCCCUUUGAUGCGGUGAAGUUGUCCUGUCCCCUUAGCAGAAAAACCCCCCCAAAGCAUAAUGUUUCCACCUCCAUGUUUGACGGUGGGGAUGGUGUUCUUGGGGUCAUAGGCAGCAUUCCUCCUCCUCCAAACACGGCGAGUUGAGUUGAUGCCAAAGAGCUCCAUUUUGGUCUCAUCUGACCACAACACUUUCACCCAGUUGUCCUCUGAAUCAUUCAGAUGUUCAUUGGCAGUCUUCAGACGGGCAUGUAUAUGUGUUUUCUUGAGCAGCGGACCUUGCGGGCACUGCAGGAUUUCAGUCCUUCACGGCGUAGUGUGUUACCAAUUGUUUUCUUGGUGACUAUGGUCCCAGCUGCCUUGAGAUCAUUGACAAGAUCCUCCCGUGUAGUUCUGGGCUGAUUCCUCACUGUUCUCAUGAUCAUUGCAACUCCACGAGGUGAGAUCUUGCAUGGAGCCCCAGGCCGAGGGAGAUUGACAGUUCUUUUGUGUUUCUUCCAUUUGCGAAUAAUCGCACCAACUGUUGUCACCUUCUCACCAAGCUGCUUGGCAAUGGUCUUGUAGCACUACAUGAUGCGGAAAUACUAGUUCAUGCAUUCGUCACCUCUAGAUUAGAUUACUGUAAUGCCUUACUGUCUGGAUGUUCCAGUAGGAAUAUAAAUAAGCUCCAGUUAGUCCAGAAUGCAGCUGCUAGAGUCCUAACUAGAACUAGAAGAUAUGACCAUAUCACACCGAUAUUAUCAACACUGCAUUGGCUCCCAGUAAAAUCUCGCAUUAACUAUAAAAUACUUUUAUUAACCUAUAAAGCACUAAAUGGUCUCGCGUCACAAUAUCUAAGCGACCUUUUGGUUUUAUAUGAUCCGCCACGCCUACUUAGAUCAAAAGAUGCAGGCUAUUUGACGGUACCUCGAAUAGUGAAGGCUACAGCAGGGGGGAGAGCUUUCUCUUAUAGAGCCCCACAGUUAUGGAACAGUCUUCCUAUUAGUGUUCGGGACUCAGACACAGUCUCAGUGUUUAAGUCUAGGCUUAAAACGUAUUUGUUUACUCAAGCCUACCCUGACUAGAUUCUGUUCUACUACUUCGCAGUCAUAAUAAUCUUUUUUCUCCCUCUCUCCUUUC